CAACGAUCUCACGCACCCUGCACAGCGUUCGUUCAGCACAGCAGUAGAGACACACACACGUUUCAAGAAUCUCGCAGAUCGCACCGUAUCAUGGGCCAGGUGAGCCCGGUAGAUACCCUUCGUUGACGCAACGAGGUUGAUGACAACGACGGCAUUGCCUUGAUAGUCACGGAAAUUGCCACACCAGUUCAACUUUGCCGGCAAUGGAUUCGCGACGCCAUCAGACCGGUCAUUGUCUUCGAACCUAAGCCCCCUCUCUGCUUUCGCUCCCGGUCUCAUGGGCGAGAGCCCCAUCGCUGGUUCCUCGAAAAGACCUCCUCUGGAUCAGGAUACACCCACGAAAAGGAUCAAGCUCCGACAGACGUCCGGUAGUUUACAUUUUCCCGGCGAGAGUCGCGACGAUCAGCGCAACGUCUUCAAACCUUUAGGAACGGGAUCUGAAGAGGUUCCCAAAACUAUUUCUUCGAGAUCUCGAACUACCUAUAGCCUAGCCCGGUUACCUAUGCCGAUCAAGUCGGAGGAUGAAGGCAAUCUACCGCUCAAACAAUUCCCGCUAGGUGUCAUCGCUCGCGCUCAGACGCCUCUGCUAGGAACGGACAGACCUUCUCUUGCGAUCGAAGGCAAGUCCCCGAGCGAGGACCCGUUGUACGACAGCGAAGACGAGGCGGACCGCAAACCUUGUCAUCCAAGGAUGAGCGAUCUACCUUCAUUGUCGGCUCAGUUUUCGAGAUUAGCGGCCAAGCAAAGGUCUUCGGCCAUGUUGUUUCACGCCAACCUUGCCCAGAGCCGAGCUCCGUUAGGUCUUCGAGGACCGAUCAUGCCGAUGGUCACCAAGAAUCCUCAAAUCAGCUCGGCGACCUUUUGCCUGGAAAUCGUCUCGGUCGCUUCACACUAUGGUUCCAACCCGGUCUUCUUGGCUCGAAGCACUUCGAGAACGCGCGAAAACACCAAGAUCACUCAAGCCGCUCAGGCCGCUCACGAGAUGUACUUGAUCUUCUCACCCGAUGAGUCCGUGCGAGACGGCUCGGCCUCGGUGACCCCGGCUACGAUCGCAACUACGCUGCCUCAAGGCGAGACUCGAACCAUUUUGGCAAAUGUCUGGGAUCCAGAACCCCUCAGGUUAGGGAUCACCCUGUUCGACCGGGAAGUCUGGUUGUGUUCCCGCUUCCUCCUCUCGAUCGAUCCGCCACACCUCACCAUGUCCCGAUAGAUUGUCCUUUUGCACAUCUACGCACAUCUAUGAGCAAGCCUUGUUGGCAGUUUCGGCUCCGGUAUACAACUUUUGUAACGCAAGAAACACACUGAGUACCAUCACUAC